AUGGUAAGAUAUUUGUUUCUGAUUAUUCUCAACAUAAUCUUAAUCAUUCUUCCUUCAACCAUUUCGGACGAUAGUAUACCAAUCCCACAAGAACGAUCCCAAGUAAAGAAAUGGUUCAAAGAAAACGUAAAACCUUUACAAGCCCGAAAAGCAACCCUUGAUCCUGACUUAGUGGCUGCAGAAAAAAAACCGAGGAUCAUAAGAGUCAUGAAGAAAGGUGGUGGUGAUUUCACAACAAUUUGUGAUGCUGUAAAAACCAUCCCAUUAAAGAAUACAAAAAGGGUUAUUGUGUUCAUCGGACCAGGAGAAUAUGUUGAAAAGAUAAAAAUGGAGAGGGAAAUGAAGUUUGUUACUUUAAUGGGAGAUCCUGACAACAUGCCUACCUUGAUUUUCAAUGGAAAUGCCGCAACUUAUACCACGGUUGAAAGCGGGACAUUAACCGUUGAUGGUGAUUAUUUUGUCGCGGCCAAUUUGCAUAUUAAGAAUUCGAGCCCGAGACCAAAUGGAAAAACGAAAGGAAGCCAAGCGGCUGCAAUGAGGAUUGGAGGGGACAUGGCGGCGUUCUACAACGUAAGAUUUUAUGGGUUUCAAGAUACUUUAUGCGAUGAUCGUGGCCGCCAUUUCUUCAAAGAUUGUUACAUCGAAGGAACAGCUGAUUUCAUCUUUGGUAAUGCAAGAUCUAUCUAUCUGAACACGGAAGUACAUUGCAUUCCAGGAGAAUUACAGUCGUGGAUAACAGCACAAGCACGGGAAAUGGAUGAAACAGACACGGGAUAUGUGUUUGUGCAUUGCCCGGUGACCGGAUUAGGGCAAGGUUGGUACUUAGGAAGAGCAUGGAAGGGGUUUUCAAGGGUGGUGUUUGCUUACUCGAAAUUAGGUCCUAUCGUCGAUCCUAAAGGGUGGAGCUCUAAUAAUAAACCUUUACCUGACAAGAACCUGUAUUUUGCGGAAUAUAAGAACAAAGGAAAAGGUUCGGAUAUGAUAGGAAGAGAGCGAUUUGUGAAGAAGCUUACAGACGCAGAAGCUAAGCGGUUUAUCAGCCUUUCGUACAUUGGAGGCAGCAAGUGGCUUCUUCCACCUCCAAAACCUAACAAGUUUAGGCCCAAAAGAAAAUUGCAAGUCUUCAAUAGUUAG